GGCAGUGACAUAUAUAAGAAAUAUUUAGUUCAUUUGUUCAACUUUUGGCUAACAACACCAUAUUGGUUAUGAAUCCUUACGCAUAUCCAAUACACAACAAACCAUGUUAAACUAAAGCAAAAUUUAAUUAAAGGAUCCCAGAACCAAAAUAAAACAUACUACUAAGUACUAGCUCUUCAUCAAUCAACAUCAUGUCAAAUCUUUGUUGUUCUUGAGGUUCUAUGCAUCCCAUAGUCGGAAGACCGAACCUUGACCAUACAACUGCACGCAUGAGACUUUGGACAGGGACACAAUUCCCCUUCUUGCCGACUGAACCAUUGAUGGGGGUCCCCAAGCCAUGGAAUAAGAAGCUACUUAAUGCAAUGGUGGAGAGGCAAGAUUGCUGUACCAGGAAUAAUUGCACACGAACUCUGGAAAUAAUGAAACAGAAGAAUCUUCGACCAAUAGACAAGAACAGAGGCUCAGAUCACUCUUGCGCAGGUGCGAUUCUUAGAACCAAAGAAGGAACCUUCAUUGAGCAAAAACAACCCAUUAGAAGAGGUGAAAUGAGGGAGAAGAUGGCCAACUGGGAGUGGUUGGUCUCCAAUGGGCUAAAGGCCUUGUCAAAUAGGGGACUGGAUAAUCUGGACAGGGACGAUGAGCCUACACUGCAAAGCAACGACGUCGACGUGGAGACAGGUGUGCCCGAGACCUCUCGAGGUCCGGACAAAGGAGUUUCCGGCGGUUAUGGCGGUCCGGAAAAACACAUUGGGUCGAGGCAUCCCGUGGAGUACGCCAAAUACAUGGUGAAAAAGAAGGGACGCCAAGAAGUGCAAACCCAAAUUUCUCGGUUUGCUAACAGAGAAAUAUCAAGGGUUAUACGGUACUAUACAAGAAGAAACAGCACCACCUCCGCCCCCGAAAUCAAAAAAGGUUUUUCCGGAAUAGUCGGUGGCCUUCUUGCAAAGAAAGGGAAGCGUGCUCAGUCUUCGACGAGUUCAAGUGGUACAACAGUAAGCUCGCACAAUGAACUUGCUAUAUACCACGGUGUGCCAUGCGAUUACGACGACGACGACGUGAAUUUUGACGUGCUUGGAUGGUGGAAGCAGAACGAACACAUGUUCCCAUGUCUCGGCAUGCUAGCAAGACAAGUGUUAUCCGUCCCGGUAUCAACCGUAGCAGUUGAACGAGAAUUCAGUGCUGGCGGCAACAUUCUAACCGACUUUCGAAGUUGUCUUAGCGCUGAAUCUCUUGAAACACUGGUUUGCAACCAAGAUUGGCUCUUGGCAAGACGUCGAGCUCAAGAGUCAUCGUACCAACUCGAAUCGGAGCAUUACAUGAAUGCAACAAAUGGAAGUCCGAGUUCUGAAGAAUAAGUUAUAAUUUUUUUUUAUGUUAAUGUAAAUAUGUAAUUAGUUUUUUUAGGCGAGCGAUAUAUAAGCUCCUUCGAGGGUUUUCUUUACGGUUCUUUACCUCGUCGCUUUUUUUGAACCGUUUGGAUUUUAAAUGUGGUUGUUCUUCAGUUAGUGUAUUAUUCAUUUAAAAUAUUUAAAUAACUACUACAGUUUUAG